AUGACGGACGAGGAGCUGCGAAGCUUGCAGGCCACGCUGCAUUAUGCCUACCCCCUUGUCGUGUUCCUGUACUUUGCUAUCACGUCAACAGUCGCCGUUUGCACACUUCAGACAUCGGACAAAGCUAAAUCAACACACGUGCGACGUAAAGUCAUUUACUAUAUCUUGCUCUGCUUCAUUGCCACCUUCAUAGCUCAGGUUAUCAUCAAGGCGAUCGAAGUCAUUUUAUGGAGACGGUGGCCAACCCAAGAUACAAUUAUCAGCUUACUCUCCUGUGUCCUAAUUUUUGGGAUUGAGCAAAAUAGUCUUAGAAAUGAUUCUGAUACUGUGUGGUAUCCUUUUUACGGAUCCUGGCUCAUUGCGGUUGCAUUGGAACCCGUAAACGCUUCGCUGCUAUUCAUAGUUGCCAGCAACCCCACGGCAACAAUCCCGAUCAACUACGAUAACUGGCCAUUAUUCGUCCGGAUUGAUGCUUCCUUCGCCGUCGUCCGUUGCGUUGCUGCCCUGAGCGCCAUUUUAGCGUACUUCCUUUGGCGGGAGAGUGGAAUCGAUGGGGACGAGGACGAAGAACGGGCGCCACUUAUCCCUAAACCGAACCAACGAUCGAAUGGUGCUGAUACAUCAGGAGAUAGUGGCUAUGGCACUAACACGGAGGGCACGAAUACGGAUGCAACCAAUACGGAGACAGCCAAUUCGCCGAGCGACUUAGAAUCGCCGUGGGAACGCCAACAACGUAUUUCCCGAGAGAAAAUAGAGAAACGUCUGAAAAAUGAAGGCAAUUGGAUUGCUUACGCCAAGGGAUUCCUCAUUUUCUUUCCAUACAUAUGGCCUGUCAAUAAUCGUCGUUUACAGCUUUAUGCGGCUCUCACUGGUCUCUGCUUAUUGGCUGGAAAUGUACUCAACUUUCUCAUUCCUCGUCAAUAUGGUGCCGUUAUGGACUCACUAAGCGGUGUCUCUGGAAGCAAUCCGUGGGUCCAAGUCGCAGUUUUUGCCGGUCUUCGACUUCUCGCUUCCGAGGCGGGGAUCAACCUUCUGAGGCAGAUGUUGUGGUUGCCUAUUGAGUAUUACUCUGAAGAGGCGCUUACGGCUGCAGCCUAUUCUCACAUAAUGAACCUCUCCUCCGAGUUCCACGAUUCGCAAAGUUCAUCGGAUCUUAUCGUCGCUAUCUCGAACGGAACCGCUAUUUCGCACAUGUUAGAUUCAAUAUGCUUUCAGGCGGUACCAAUGUUAAUUGACUUGGUAAUUGCGUUCACGUACUUGUCCACCAAAUUCGGUCCAUACGAAGGCUUUAUCACCAUUGCAACUGGUGCGGCGUUCAUCCAAACAGCAGCCCACAUUAUUACAAGCUUCAAGGAGAGGCGAAAGAAGAUGGUGAGGACGUACUUUGAGGAACACUAUAUCCGUCAGGCCGGUAUUCAGGGUUGGCAGACUGUCAGUGCCUUCAACCAGGUACCGUACGAAGAGAGGCGAUAUGGAAUAGCGGUCAACUCCCACGUAUCCGCGGCGAAGUCUCUAUACUCUAGUUAUUUCGUCGGGCAUGCUUUUCAAUAUCUAAUUCUCCUUGCGGGUCUGCUUGCUGGUGCCUUCUUGGCCGUUUACCAAAUCACACAUGGCCAAGCUACUGCUGGAGACUUCGUCAUGCUUCUGACGUACUGGAGUCAGCUCACAUCACCGUUGCGGUUUUUCUCUCAACUCGGAAAGAACAUCAGCCAAGAUCUGGUUCAUGCCGAGAGGCUUCUCGACGUGAUGACGACGAAACCAACUGUGACCGAGAAGCCUGAUGCUCGGCCCUUGAAGCUGAAAGGUGGUAAGGUCGAAUUUCGGAACGUCAGUUUUAGCUACGACAAGAAGAAGGACAUCUUGAAGGGCGUGAACGUGUCUGUUUCGUCUGGUGCUACUGUUGCUUUUGUUGGGGCAACUGGUGCUGGAAAGUCGACAAUCUUGAAGCUUCUCGAUCGUUUCUAUGACGUAACCGGCGGUUCGAUUCAAAUUGAUAGCCAAGACAUUCGGGACGUGACAAUUUCUAGUUUGCGACAGUCAAUCGGCAUUGUUCCACAAUCUCCAAUUCUUUUUGACGAUACUGUGAUGAACAACAUUAGAUAUGCCAGGUUGACAGCUACAGACGAAGAAGUGUACAGCGCAUGUAAAGCAGCUGCAAUUCAUGAACAUAUCAUGGGUUUCACUGAAGGUUAUACAACUCGAGUCGGCGAACGUGGAGUGAAACUCUCCGGUGGCGAAUUGCAGCGUAUUGCGAUUGCACGAGCUAUUCUCAAGCAACCAGAGAUUGUGCUUCUUGAUGAGGCAACUAGUUCCGUUGACACUGACACGGAGCAGAAGAUCCAAGACGGUCUCCGUGCCUUGUGCCAAGGCCGUACUACAUUUAUCGUAGCACACCGCCUUUCUACUGUUAUGAAUGCCGAUACCAUCUUCGUAGUAGCAAACGGAGAAAUUGUGGAGCAAGGAAAUCACGAAGAUUUGAUUGCUAAGAGUGGCAAAUAUGCCGAACUCUGGUCCAAGCAGAUUUUCGUCAAACCCAAGGAAACAAAGGAUGAUAAGCAGAAUGGGGAUAUCAACACGACACCUUCAGACGCCACGCAAACAGACGGAUCUGGUGAUGAGCCGACAAACGGUAUCAAGGUCUCGAAUGGCGUCCCCGUCUCGCGAUCAACCCCAUUGGUUACGAAAACUGUUCCAAAUGGCAAAGCUAACGGACAGGUUGUGAAUACUCCAAAUGGGCAUAAGAAAGAGGGUUCAAAGUUGAAUCCUGGUGCUCCGGAGUUCACUCCCCGUUCUACAGCCGCGCCAAGCCUGGUUCCUGGGACCCCACUACGAAACAGCUGGGCUGAGGAUGUUGAGGAGGAAGCGGAUUAUUCCGGUCAGGCACCCGCAGUGGACCUGGAGUCCGCUUCCAUUUCUACUGCAAUAAGAGCCUAUGAAGAAAGUCCUUCGAGUAAACGUAACGAUACCAGUUCACCUAUCGACAAUUUUGACAUCCCGGACCCCAAGCCUCGUCGCAAUACUCUCCAGUCCAUAUCUUGUCCGGAGCCGCCCAUGUGUUUCUCAGGCAGUCCGGCCCGUUCCGUUAGUCAACCUGUACCUACCCCACCUGUAGUAACUUCUCCCAAAAAGGAGAAUUCUAAACUGCCUGAGGAACGAAACAAACCAACACGCUCUUCUCCCGAGGCCAGGCAACCCCCUCAAGGACCCGCCAGGGGAAGAGGCGGUGUUAGAGGUCGAAAUCGAGGCCGGUAUCGUGGUGGGAGAGGUCGACAGCGACGCAAUCCUUCUAACCCCAAACUUAAUCAGAAGGAUAGUGCGGAAGCUUUACAGCGACGCCGCGGCCAAACGUCUCGUGUAAGAUAAUUUCACCUUCUCAAAUGGCGCUUUCAUACGACACAUCAUUUCUAUCUUUGCCUUCUUAUCGUCUGUAGACGGAACCAAAAUUUCUCUCGGGCACUUAACGUUGUGUUUUACGCAUUAUUACGAUUUUCCUACGGGAGACGCUGUUCACGUUAGACGUAUACAAAAAGGUCAACAAAUGGGUUUACAUUGCGCGUUAAUUCGGCUACGGUU